AUGGCUGUGGAGUCCAGAGCACUUUCAACCCUGGUGGCUGAUUCUCAGGAACAGGAGGAGCUCAUACUCGUUAAAGUAGAAGAGAGUCUUUCCUGGAGCCAGAAAUCUAAGCAGGAUGGCUGUGCCCAGUCCUGCCAAGAAAUGUUUCGCCAGCAGUUCCGAAAGUUUUGCUACAGGGAGACCCCUGGGCCCCGGGAGGCUCUGGGGCGGCUGCGGGAGCUUUGCCAUCAGUGGCUGAGGCCCGAGCUGCACACAAAGGAGCAGAUCCUGGAGCUACUGGUGCUGGAGCAGUUCCUGAGCAUCCUGCCUGAGGAGCUGCAGGUCUGGGUUCAGCAGCAGAGUCCAAAGAGCGGGGAGGAGGCGGUGACCCUGCUGGAGGAUUUGGAAAGAGAGUUUGAUGAUCCUGGGCAAAAGGUUCCAGCCAGUCCAAAGGGUCCAGCAAUGCCGUGGAAGGAUUUGACACCUCUUGGAGCAUCUCAGGAGUCAACAAACAUCCACCUCCACCCUCUGAAGACACAGGUGAAAUCCUGGGGACCUUGCCUCUCCCCUCAGAAUGAUUAUGAGAAUACUGAAUUAGUCACACAGGAAAUUUUGGGAGAAAAAUCACCAGGACUUCCCCCGGAACCCUCGUUUGGAGAAGUUGGUGAUCAUGGGAACCAUUUAGAGUGGCAGCAAAGAAGUAUGACUGGGGAGAAAUUAAGAUUGCCCCCUUCCCAAGGAGAUGGUUUUAGUCAUGUGCUCUUCACACACGAAUCUCUAGGAAAGAGACACCAUCAGGAUAAUCCUCAAAGAAACCUGGGUCUAAGCAGAAACUCUGUGACAUAUCCGAAAGUCCAUACAGAGGAGAGACCUUAUCAAUGUGAUGUUUGUGGACACAGCUUCAAACAGCAUUGCUCUCUAACGCAGCAUCAGAGAAUCCACACUGGAGAGAAGCCCUACAAGUGUAACCAGUGUGGGAAGGCCUUUAGUCUGAGGUCCUACCUGAUUAUUCAUCAGAGGAUUCAUAGCGGGGAGAAAGCGUAUGUAUGCACGGAGUGUGGGAAGGCUUUUAAUCAGCGCUCUGCCCUUAUUCGACAUCGGAAGAUUCAUACUGGUGAGAAAGCAUGUAUAUGCAACGAAUGUGGGAAAGCAUUCAGUCAGAGUUCGUACUUGAUUAUACAUCAAAGGAUUCACACUGGUGAGAAGCCCUAUAAAUGCAAUGUGUGUGGAAAAGCCUUCAGUUUGAGUUCAAACCUUCUCCGGCAUCAGAGAAUCCAUACAGUAGGGGAAUCCUAUCAGUGUAAUGAAUGUGGAAAGUCCUUCCAGAGGAGCUCAGGCCUUCCUCACUAUGAGAAAAUCCACUCGGGGGGUGAAGAGUUGGCAUGUAAUGAAUGUGGCAAGGCUUUCAGGCACCGAUCCGUCCUGAUGCGCCACCAGAAAGUCCACACUGUAGAUUAA